AUGUUGGCUCUACCCCAAACAGCUGGACUAGAAAAGCUCGCUCUUAUCAAACCAUAUAACCCCUCCAUCAACCAUUUCACUGGAAUUCCAGUGAUAAACCUUUCCAGUCCGGACGCCAAGAACCAUAUAGUUGACGCCUGUCAACAGUUUGGUUUUUUUAAGCUAAUAAAUCAUGGUGUAUCCAUAGAUAUUACUUCCAGAUUGGAAGUCGAAGCUAUAAAAUUCUUCGACUUGGAACAGCCAGACAAAGAUAAAGCUGGCCCUCUCAAUCCUUUUGGAUAUGCUAACAAGACAAUUGGACAAAAUGGAGAUAUGGGUUGGCUUGAAUACCUCCUGUUCAGCACCAACCCUGAACUCCUUUGCCAGACAUCUCUCUCCAUUUCCACACAAAACCCAGCAAUUUUCUGGUCUGCUCUCAACGAUUAUGUAUCUGCAGUGAAGAACAUGUGUUUUGAAGUUUUGGAACUUAUUGUUGAUGCUCUGAAGAUUGGGCCCAGGAAUGCUUUGAGUAAGCUCCUGAGAGAUUAUAACAGUGACUCGAUUCUCAGGAUAAAUCAUUAUCCACCGUGUCCUGAGCUUCAAGCAUUUGGAAACCAAAAUUUUAUUGGGUUUGGGGAACACACAGACCCCCAAAUAAUCUCAGUCCUUAGAUCAAACAAUACAUGUGGACUUCAAAUCGCUCUUUGUGAUGGGACAUGGGUCUCGGUCCCACCUGAUCCAUUCUCUUUUUUCAUUAACAUUGGGGAUGUUUUGCAGGUGUUAACUAAUGGAAGAUUUAGAAGUGUAAAGCAUAGAGUUUUAUCUCACAAUUCAAAAUCAAGGGUAUCAAUGAUCUUCUUUGGAGCACCACCUUUGACCCAGAAGAUAACACCGAUAUCCUCACUAAUGGAAGAGGGGGAAGAGUAUCUCUACACGGACUUCUCUUGGGCGGAAUAUAAAAACUCAGCUUUGAAGACGAGGUUGAAUGAUCAUAGGUUGAGAGCCUUUGAGAGAACCUUUAACUAG